GGUUCUGGGACAUCCAUGUACAGCUGGGAAAGUGUUCCUGCGGCUUCCCAAAACGUCUGGUCGAGACUACCAGUCGGCCGAGUCGGGUCUCUUCCCUAAGACUAUCGUGCGAUCAUAGUUCUAGAAUCGCUAUAAUACGCGAUUAGUUGCAGGGAAUCUCCUCAUCUCCCCGGACCCAGGAUGAAUGUUUUUAAUCCUCGCAUUCUUGAUGCCAGCAUCCGCGAUGUGACGGGGUGCCUGUCCGACACUCAAAAGGCCGAUGUUCUGCUCCACGCCUUGCAGCAUUUGCCCUCUGAAGGGUCCCGAAUUGUCAUGGAGAAUGCUGUUCAAUCAUUUCUCCAGGUCUCGGGCGUUCCGCCAGCAGAUGUAGCAAGAGCUCUUUUGUUACGUGCCAAAACCCGUUUAGCAGCUGGGUACCGAACUUCCGCACAACAAGAUUUACUGUCCGUGCUAUGUUCAGAUCCGGGAAAUCAAGACGUUAAAGCUAUAAUACAAUCUGAACAUUUACGACAAGAAAUGCUUAUUCGAGAACCUGAUGGUCCCCCUCGGUUUUCCGCUGAAGUCUGGAGAGAAAUUGCUCUCUGUCUUCCCAAGCGUGAUCUCAAGUCUCUUUUGUUGGUUCCACAUGCGCUAUCUCGCAUCGCAAGUCAACUUAUUUUCCGCGAGAUCGAUCUACACUUCACAGCGUCGCCGGAUCUCUCUAGAGUUGAGAACAGAUACAGGAACGUCCAUGACGACCAAGACGCGCGGGAGCUCGACGCCUGGCACUACCAGCGAAGUGCGGAUAUUCUUACCCGCAUUCUUGUAGAUCCUGUCUUUGCCUCGCAGGUCAGAAGCUUAUGUGUGUAUGCCGUUGUUUCCGAUGCAUCACACACUUUGGCAUUCCAGACUGGAAUGUUAAUCAACUCUUUACCUAAGCUCUGCAACCUUCGCAGCGCGCAUUGUUCAGGCAACAAAGAAUUGAUCAGCCGUAUGCUCGAAACGAUGUGUGCCUCGAAUCAUCGUCUGUACAGCCUGUCCAUUAAUCUCGUUAAUCGUUCAGGCGACAUUGACAUCCCACCAUUCAAGCACAUCACACAUUUCUCCAUAACCGCCGACGGAGGGGAUAGUAAAUCCACCCAUGACUUUAUAGCCCAAAGCCAUGACAACCUGCGCUCGCUGGUCCUCAAGAACGCAAACUGGCAAUUCCCAGCAGAUGUAAUCUCCGUCCGCCACUUGACGACCAUCGAGUUCGAAGGCUGUUUUUCCGCAGACAGUCAGGUCUUCUCAGAGAUCUUGUCCACCGGCCACCAGUUAGAGUCACUGACGUUGUCAGGUAUUCUGGAGUGCACUCCAUCAGCGACGUUCCGCUUGUAUAGGUCCUCGCUUCCGUUCCUGAGGCACUUUGCUCUCAAGAUUGUCAGUCUCCAUCGACAUAUUACGGACCGGGACCUCGUGCCUGCCAUCUCGGAAUUCUUGAGAGACCGCAAACAUCUUUACUCCUUCCAGCUCACCGUGCCUAGCACAGAUCAUCGUCGCAUUGGUUUUGACGCGUCUGCUUGGGGUGUACUACCUUCUCUAUCGAACCUCCGCAGUCUUUCUAUCACCUAUCCCAGAGAUCUUUCUCCCUCGCUAGCAGGGUGGCUUAUUCCGCGAACUGUUCGUGCGCUCAGCAUGGAGAUCACGGUACCGCCUGCGGAAGACCUUCUUCUUUUUAUGAAUCAAUUGCGUCCCGGAGUUCCGCCCCUUCUCACGUUUGUUGGUAUGAUAAACUUUCCGAUACGCUCCGUCAUCAACGUGGUCGAGCAAGGCUUCUCCAACGUGCGAGUUGUGCGCAUCGACGAGAAUGUUUGGAGUGUGAUUCAUCUAGAAGAUGGGGUGACAGAGAUCGAGCAGUGGCCAUAUCGAAGAGUGAAGUACCAUACCGCAGCGUGGUUGGAAUCCCUUGGUUGUGAAGACGCAAUACGGCAUUUGGUAUGAGAAAAAUGGGAAAGGUUUCAAAGACGGGAUGUAAUUUUUCGAUAUGUAGCUCUAUUUUCCGCUCACUGAAUGGCUUUCUAUAGGGUCAAAAAUUUCAGUAGUACAUAAUACAUUGCUUUGGAAGGAAUGCCACCGUGCCUACCUACCGUUAACAUCGUGGUCUAGUCGCAACUGGUCCUGCAACGAGCCGAGUCAUUGUUGACGUCACAGAGUGUGCUCUGGUUUUUCUGCAACGGUUGAAAACCCACGCGGUGGACGACCUGCUCAUCGUCUCACCAACCGGUUUCAAGCGAUG